GGGGCGCGCGGGCGCUCAUCCCGCGGGAGCGGCGGCGGCGCUGGGAGCGCGUCCCCGCUCCGCGCGUCCCCGCUCCGCCGGCCCGGCCGCACCGAGCCGCAGACAUGGACGAGGAGCGGGAGACUCUGCAAAGGAUUGUCAGUACUCUAGUGAACAAAAAUGAUGAAAUUCACAACUUCAUUGACAUGCUGAACCAUACAAUAUCAAAUGUUCAGGUAAACUCCUCUAAUGCCAUCAGCGAGCUGGAUGAGGAGUUUGAUGGUCUGUAUUCUGUCCUACAUGAGAUGAAGGGGAGCAUGGCCAACACUAUUCAGCAAGAAGAAGCUCGUAAAAUUCAAGCUCUGCAGGAUCAGCUGAGCCAGUGCAGUCGUGCCCUGGAGAGCUCAGAAGAGCUGCUGGAACUUGCUGUGCAGUCGCUGGACAUAAAGAACCCCGUGGAGCUCUUAGAGGCUUCCAGACAGAUCAAAGAUAGUGUCACAGUGGCUUCAGCAUUCCGCCUCUCUCUGAAACCAAAAGUCAGUGACAGUAUGACUCAUAUGAUGGUGGACUUUGCCCUGGAGAAGAGGAUGCUCCAAGCUGUGAAGUUUUUGCCAGUCCCUAAAGCUCCAGAGAUAGAUGUAGCAGCAUGUCUGGUUGCUGACAACUGCAUAACAAUAUCGUGGAGAAUGCCUGAGGAGGACAGCAGAAUUGAUCAUUUUGUGCUGGAGUAUAGGAAAACCAACUUUGAUGGGCUCCCUCGACUAAAAGGAGAACAGCAUUGGGAGCUGGUUGACUACAUUAAAGCUACUCAGUACACAUUAUCAGGUCUGAGAUUUGAUACAAAAUACAUGAACCUUAGAGUACAGGCUUGCAACAAAGCUGUGGCAGGUGAAUACUCUGACCCCGUGACUCUGGAAACCAAAGCAUUUGUGUUCAGUUUGGACAGUACUUCAUCUCAUCUGAACUUGAAAGUUGAAGACACCUAUGUUGAAUGGGAUCCUACUGGAGGCAAAGGCCAAGAAAAAAUAAAAGGAAAGGAAAAUAAAAACAGUGGCCAGAAUCCUCUGCUGAAGAGCAAUAGAAGAAGCAACACAGCGUCUCCCAAGAGAUCCACUAACAGCCCAAGGGCCUCAGCGAGGGGCAGCCGGGAUCGCUUUGCUGGUGAAUCCUACACAGUGCUGGGAGACACUGCUGUUGAAAGUGGACAGCAUUACUGGGAAGUGAGAGCCCAGAAGGACUGCAAAUCCUACAGCGUGGGAGUAACGUACAGAAACCCGGGGAAGUUUGACCAGCUGGGGAAGACUAAUUCCAGCUGGUGCAUCCAUAUCAACAACUGGCUGCAAACCACCUUCUCAGCAAAGCAUAACAAUAAAGCAAAGACUCUAGAUAUACCUGUCCCAGACAGAAUAGGUGUAUACUGUGACUUCGAUGGAGGUCAGCUUUCAUUUUAUAAUGCAAGCUCAAAGGCAUUGUUACACACCUUCAGAACAAAGUUUACCCAGCCAUUGCUACCAGGCUUCAUGAUCUGGUGUGGUGGGCUCACAGUGACAACUGGAUUGCAGGUGCCAAGUGCUGUGAAAACUCUUCAGAAGAGUGAAAAUGGAUUGGGUGGUUCAACAAGCAGCCUAAAUAAUGUUGUCUAGUAAUGUCUGUUUAAAACUUCUCCUGCUGAAUGUUUUUGUUUUUCUGUGUAGCUACUACUCACAGAAGCUUGUGAGCAUUGGAUUUUACUGGGUUUGCUACCUUCUGCUGUUUAGGGCCCAGGUACUGAUAGUGCAAAGGUUUUGGGGCUAAAGUGUUAGGAACCAGUGUUGGGAAUCCAGAAAAAUGUCAGAAAGCUGAACUGUUGCCUAUUUAAAGAAAAAAAAAAAGAAGCCAAGAGCUGUUACUAUGUACUUUUCUAAUACUGUAUUCAAGCAUUUUGUUAUGGACUUGAAUAUUAAUUUUGUUAUAAAUACUAUUCUUCUAUGAAGAAUAUAGCAAAUACAAUUUUUUAGCUCUCCUAAUGCAAAUUACUUAACUGUGUUUUUAAUAAUUAAAUAGUUAAUAAUAAUUAAUACUAGGCUUACCAUUAAAAUUUGUGAUUUCUGAGAUACAUUUUGAAAACAGACUGAUUUGCUGGCCUAGCUUGGCAAAACACCACAGCAGCAUGGUUUCAGAAGGAUAUUACAAGAAUGUCUGGGCCUGGUAUGAAGAAACAGUAAAAGCAGGCUGUGACUAAUUCCCCUAGUGGUAUAAAAUCUUCCUAUUUUCCAUGGGUAGCUCCUUUUUAAAACCAUGUGUAUUGAUAUUGGCUCCUGUUUGUGACCAUUACAUUAAUUGCAUUCUAAUUACAUUAGAAAAUUACAUAUAGAUGUUCCAUUGCCCUGACCCCCAUUUGCAAGCC